AUGUGUUUAGCAGAUACCGACCUAUUGAGCUCGAUACUCCACCGACAUGGAACAUUUCUUGCGCGAGAAGAAUGGAUUACGGAGCCGUUUCAAGGACAACCUGUGUCCAUAAUCCAGCAGCUUCUGAACAGAGCCUGCGGUCUUCCGGCACUAUUAGAGAGAUUCUACAAGAUCAAUCACAUAUCGAGCCUUCCGGACCUUGUUACAGUUAACCAGCUUGAAGAGGAUUUUCACGCCGUCCUCUCCAGACUUCGGGAGUGGGAACAGGCGUUCAAAUCCCAAGUGUCCCACCCUUUGUUCUGGUCAAGGUCUGACCCCGAGACUUGGUCUUUACCAGGUGCGAAUGCUCUCUGGUUUCCGAAUAUGAUGGCAGCAACUAGUCUCACGCAUUAUUGGGCUUUCGAGAUUGUUGUAAGAACACAUGUCAGUGCGUUGCACCAGAUUGCUUCUACAGCAAAGGGACAUAAUUCUCGAACCCACACGAAUGUAUACACGGAAGCUUCUGCGGAAUACUCACUUCUAGUUCUGGCCGAUAUGAUCUGCGACAGCACCUCAUAUCUCCUGCAGCCAGUAUUCAAGUAUCACGGACUCUGGUCUGCUUUCUUCACCCUUCCUACAGCUUUGCGCGUGUUCAGACAAGAGCAGGUUCUUAGUAGCAGCCGAGCCAGGCGCUCUCAACGGAUAGCCAAACUACUAGCUAGCAGAGAUGUUUACUUCCCGGAAAACUACCUAGUCCAAAAGAUUCCAUAG